GCGCUGUCGCUGUGGAAAGAUGCGAUCAGCGAAGAGCGGAGGCUUUUCCUUAAUUGCUCAUUGCAGUAGCAGGGGCUAAACAACCCGAAACCAAACCUCUGUGGUCUCUCCUGUUUAAGCGACAAGUUCCGCACAUCCACAAUAGCGUUUACCUGUAGAAAUGUCCAUGUUUUAAGAAGACAACGCAGACUUUGCCCGGCGGUUUUGGCUCGAGUGCUCCAUUAUGUCCAAACGGCGCUCGUCGGAGAGGGGGGCUGGGGAGACAUCAGGCAGAGCCAGCAAGUUGCAAUGUCCCGGGAUAUCCGGCAGUAAUGCUAAGAGAGCUGGGCCUUUCAUCCUUGGGCCUCGCCUGGGCAACUCACCAGUGCCGAGCAUAGUGCAGUGUCUGGCCAGAAAAGAUGGCACCGAUGACUUCUAUCAGCUCAAAAUCCUGACGCUGGAGGAACGAGUGAACUCUGCUGGGGAGACUCAGGAGGAGAGGCAGGGGAAGAUGCUGCUGCACACAGAAUACUCCCUCCUUUCUCUGCUGCAUAACCAGGAUGGGGUGGUCCACCACCAUGGCCUCUUUCAGGAUCGAGCCUAUGAAAUAGUGGAGGACAGGGAGGCGAACAAAGUGCGCAAGAUGAAGAAGCGAAUCUGCCUUGUGCUGGAUUGCCUGUGUGCUCAUGACUUUAGCGACAAGACAGCAGAUCUAAUAAACCUCCAGCAUUACGUCAUAAAGGAGAAGCGACUGAGUGAGCGCGAGGCAAUUGUCAUCUUCUAUGAUGUGGUUCGUGUAGUGGAGGCUCUUCAUAAGAAAAACAUUGUGCACAGAGACCUCAAGCUGGGAAACAUGGUGCUAAACAAACGGACUCACAGAAUCACCAUCACCAACUUCUGUCUGGGAAAGCACCUUGUAAGUGAAGACGACCUGCUAAAAGACCAGAGAGGAAGUCCGGCCUACAUUAGCCCCGAUGUAUUAAGUGGUCGACCAUACCGUGGUAAACCCAGUGACAUGUGGGCUCUCGGUGUAGUCCUAUUCACUAUGCUUUAUGGCCAGUUCCCCUUUUAUGACAGCAUACCUCAAGAGCUCUUCCGCAAGAUUAAGGCAGCCGAGUACACCAUCCCAGAGGACGGUCGUGUGUCAGAGAACACAGUGUGCCUCAUCCGAAAACUGCUGGUGCUGGACCCUCAGCAGAGGCUGACUGCAGGAGAGGUGCUGGAGUCCCUCAGUGCCAUCAUUGCCUCAUGGCAGUCUGUGUCAUCAAUGAGUGGCCCUCUGCAAGUGGUUCCUGAUAUUGACGAUCAGGUCAAUCACCCAGAACAUCUGCAAGAGGCCAAAGUAAUAGAAGAGUCCUCACAGUACGAGUUUGAGAACUACAUGCGCCAGCAGCUGCUGCUGGCUGAAGAGAAGAACACUAUCCAUGAAUCCAAGAGCUUUCUUAGCAAGCGCCAGUUUGGGAGCAUCCCACCUGUAAGGCGUCUGGGCCACGACGCUCAGCCUGUCAGCCCGCUAGAUGCUGCCAUCCUGGCACAACGUUUCCUCCGGAAGUAGUCCCCACUCACACUUAUUCCAGCCUCUCUGGCCUCCUCAGGAAGUAAAAAGAAAAACUGUAGAGCCCAGAGAGAGCUGAGGAGGAUAAAUCCAAAAACUGUACUGGCAUACAGAGAGCCCAGCCUGAGCUGGAGUACAGAUGGCCUCAUAUGUAAGCGGGUUUUAGGCAAACUAGGUGGAGCAGACAUGAGAUGGGCACCAGAAAAACUGCCAACCCGGAACUUCACUCCCCAUGUCUGGAUCCUCUAAUAGAAUAUGGAAAGGUCUGGAGGAAGAUCAGAACCAAAGGUUCCUUGCCCUCAGGUUGCCCACUGAUAGAUCUCACUGUGCAACAAACCUGAUGGCACAGUCACAUAUGGCGCUAACACAAGGCUCUGCCUGGAGUGUUGAAGAAACUAUUAACCCCGUAUUCCUCCUCCUCUUCCACCUCCUCCUCCUCCUCCUCUUUUGAAUCUACCUACCGUAACACUUCCCCUGUCAGUUCUGGUUUCCCUGAGCAAUACAGGACCAGAUACCAUGUAGCAACCCUUCUCUUCCUAGUGGUUAAUGGUAUGCCUCAAGUCAGAUCGCUUGAUCACAGAUGUCACUUCUGUAUACCUCCAUUCCACCCUCCUCCUCUCACUCCUUCCUUUUCCUCUUUACCGUUGUCCUGUAUUGAAAAUGAUCCUGGUCCUGUCUGUAACUCUGACUUCAAAUCAAUCUACCUCUCUGUCUCUCUUCUCUGUUGGUAAACCAUGUUCACUGUUCUGAGACAAGGGAUUGUAACAAUUUAGUCUUGAUGCCACCAGUGACAUAAAGCAUUAAUGUUUUCUGUCAGAGUGAUAAUGCUUUGAAACCUUUUCAAUGGUUUCAAAAAAUCUGAAUAAGCUUUUUUUUUUUUUUAAAUCAUAUUUACCUUAAUAAGUAGCAUUUCAUCCCUAUAUUUGCAUUGAAGAGAGAACUGAAUAUCAAAGUAUGUAUACAAGCACCCUUUGAUAUUUGUGGAAUGCAUUGUCUCCUGCUUUUGCUCAUCCCUGUGGAAAUCUAUUUUUAGCAUCUAGGCAGCUAGUGUGAGGUACCUGGAGGUCACAAUGCCAAGAACUGAAUGGGGAAAAACUGUUGGAUCCUCCCUGCCAAGGCAUAUUGAUGGUAACGCUUCCUCAGUGCCACUAUAGUGAAGAUCAGGCACUGUCACGGUUCUAUUGCCAAAAAUCUUGUCUUAAAUUUACUCUUAGCCAAGGAAACUGGUACCCACAGGCUCAUUCAGAAUCAAAUGGCUUCCAGGUAUUCCAGCUUCCCUGUUUCUCCUUUUCAAGACAGACCAUGGGAUAAGUGUUGUACUGUACAAUUUCAUAAAAAAAUGAAAAUACAGACUCGUGGAUUUUAAGUUUUAGUUGCUGGGUUUUCUUGCCAUUCUUGAUUCAUUCAACCGUUUUAUCAAAGUGUUUCUUGAAACCAUGGCGAAGCUACUAACCAGUGACUGUUAAGCAUCUGUACACUGCGACUUGCCUUUGCGUAUUGGUACCUGCUUUAGGCUCUCUACACUCUUCCUAUUUAUAUUCAAACUGCAUGAACAUAGGCUCUGGAAUAUUUUUAAAUGUCUUUACUUGUUCUUUUUUCCUUGUAAUUUCAUGUUGAUUUAUUUAUUCACUUGUGUAGACUUUUCUCCCAAACCACUGGGGCUUGUAUCACAGACAUUGAUUGUAGACCGUCUAAAAAAUUUCCUUGAAUUUGUCUGAGACUUGGCAUAACUUUUGCUAGUGAAACAGGCCCCAAAACUCUUUGCUCUCUCAGCUUUAAGAAGUGUUGUUAACUCCAACAGUGGUUCAACUUUACCCAUCUAAUUUUAUCCUUUUCAGCCACAUUCAUGAAACGGUAGCAUUUUUUAUUUCCCUCUGUGGAUUACUAAAUCAUUUUCUUGCCAUUUUGCCACGAAGUCUGUGGUCACCUUAAGCUACACUAAUAACGAGACUGACUUUUGCAUAGUUCUAUUUUUUAAAGAAAACUAAAUAAUACUCGCACGUUAUCUUGAUUUACGGGAAGGGUUUUGUAGUGUAUUUUUUCUGUCAUUACCCUCAGUUCCCCACACAAGGCUACACUGGUCAGUAUGUAAAUAAUGUAACAUCACAACUGCGCCAGUCAUGUUGUAUGUAGUUCCACCCAGUGAGAUACCAACUCUGUUUGAACACGUCGACUGACGUGUAUUUUAGGCCACGUUGGCCAUCAGCCACCACAUCUUGAUGCUAAAAUAAUAUGUAAAGAGAGCUGUCAGCUUUCUCCCACCUCAAUGUGAAUUCCAUGGGUAUACAGCAGUAUUGUAGUAGUUUAGGUUGUUCAUCAGAAAAGGGUGUUUCCUAAACACCGUAGCCAUUGCUGAAUGCUGACAUUAAGUGAUCGUCUGUGGAAAGUGUCCGACACCAUCUUCCAUGAGACACAACUACAGAUUAGUAACUAGAGGUUUAAUGUGGAUGUUAAUAUCAGCCCCACUCCCAAUCAAAAAGUGUUUCACUUCCUAGCUAGUGGAUUGUACCACAUUCGAUGUUUGUUUUACAGAGUUGUAUUGGUAGACUGCAUUGUGGACUGAAAAGCAUGGAAAUAGUGUGAGGUUAAACUCAGUGUAAAACAUGUGAGUGUUGCAUGAUUUUGAACUUGCAAGGUGUGCCAGAACAACAAAAAAAAUUAUUUUAAUUCACCCCUUUGGGUCCUAAAAUAGAUAAAUCUAAAGUAAGAAUUAUCUGCCCCACAACUGGAUGAACAGUACAACCUUUGUUAGUUUUCAAAAGUUGAGUUUUUUUUUUUUCACCCUGGUUCUAAAGUUGUCAGUAUAUAACUGAUAUAUUGCUGACUGUUUCAACUGGAAACUUGGUGUAGGAUGUGAAAAGUGGUGUAGUUUAAACCCAAUGGGAUAAUGUGUUGUAAGCUGCUUGGUUGGAUAUGGGCAUCGAAAUACAGAAAAUUGCGUAAUUGUACAGAUGAAAAACACGUUUGUAUAAAAAACAUAUUUUUGUACUUCAUCAGAUCUCUACAUGCAUGUCAGCAAUAAACUUUGAUAUGGAAACAUUCAA